AGAUACAUAUAUAUAUAUAUAUAGAGAGAGAGAGAGAGUUUGAAGGAAUCUAGAGAGAGAAACGAAAGAUUUGCAUCAAAGCUGAUAUACAGCUGGGUUUUCUUGAUAACGCAAGGAGGAAAAGGAAGUUGAAGAUCGGAAAGUAGUAAUUCGGCGAUGGGUUCCAUUUCAGAACCAGGACGCGAUUUGGAUAGAAGAAACCCUAAACCCCCAGGAAUCAGAUUCAUAGAAUGCACCAAGAAAUCAAAUGUUUCAUUCAAAACCCACCAAGCCAUUGUUCUAAUCGUUACGUUCCUAGCAUACGCAAGUUACCAUGCUUCUCGUAAAACCACCAGCAUUAUCAAAAGUGCUCUCGAUCCUCAAACCCCAGAUGGGACCCUGCAAUCGGUCUCCUUUUUGAGAAGAUCCAAUGCACUUUCAUGGGUUCUAGGAAACGGUUGGGCUCCCUUCGAUGGUGCAAAUGGCACUGGAUUGCUCGGAGAUCUUGACCUGGCUUUUCUAUUCGUUUAUGCAGUGGGCAUGUUCUGCUCGGGCCAUAUAGGCGAUAGAAUGAACCUAAGGAUCUUUUUGACGAUCGGAAUGGUGGGGACUGGUUUAUUUACCUCAUUAUUCGGUUUUGGGUACUGGGCCAACAUUCAUGUGUUCUACUACUACUUGAUAGUUCAAAUGAUCGCUGGCUUGUUUCAAUCUACGGGAUGGCCUUCGGUAGUUGCAGUCGUCGGGAAUUGGUUUGGGAAGAGUAAGAGAGGGCUUAUAAUGGGUAUCUGGAAUGCCCACACCUCCGUAGGAAAUAUUGCAGGCUCGUUGACCGCUUCAUAUUUCUUGAAGUACGGCUGGGGUUGGUCUAUGGUGGUUCCUGGUUUGAUGAUUGCUCUUGUUGGUGUGGUGGUUUUUAUGUUCUUGCCGGUUGAUCCUGAAUCGGUGGGAGUUGAUAGAGAUGAAGAUGAAUCGGGACUGCCUAAGAAGGGACUAACCGAGCAUCUAUUGAGUCCAAAGAUUGAUAAUGAGAAAGGAGCGCCUGUCGGAUUUCUCGAAGCUUGGAGAAUUCCCGGGGUGGCUCCUUUUGCCUUAUGUCUCUUUUUCGCAAAAUUGGUUGCUUAUACAUUCCUCUAUUGGCUUCCGUUCUACAUAAGUCAUACAGCUAUAAAUGGCGAGUACUUAUCCAAUGAGGCUGCCGGGAACUUGUCUACGUUGUUUGAUGUGGGGGGUGUGGUUGGAGGAAUCCUAGCUGGUCACAUUUCCGACAAGCUAAAUGCUCGUGCCAUUACAGCAGCAAGCUUCAUGUACUGCGCUAUUCCAGUGUUAUACCUGUAUCGGAGUUAUGGACAUGUAUCCAUGCCUAUAAACAUCAUCCUCAUGCUAGCCACAGGGAUGUUUGUUAACGGGCCGUACGCUCUCAUUACAACAGCAGUUUCCGCUGAUCUAGGAACCCAUCAGUCUCUUAGGGGAAACUCGAAGGCACUUGCGACAGUCACCGCAAUCAUCGAUGGGACAGGAUCGAUUGGUGCUGCGAUUGGACCAGUGCUAACGGGUUACAUUUCAACUAGUAGCUGGAGUGCGGUUUUCACUAUGCUUAUGGUGUCGGCUUUCGUGGCGGGGUUGUUUCUUACUAAACUUGUGGUGGCGGAGGUGACAACAAAAUGUCAAGAAUCGCAAGGGGGUUCGAGUGGUGGUAGCUCAUGGUCUGGCGCGGUUGAAGAAGUGUAAUAUGCAUGGUGAUGGUGGUGAAGAUGAAGAUUUUGGUAAGGAGUGUGGGGGGUGUGUGCAAAAUUCUGCCAUUUUUAUGGUCUCUGCUUCAAUAAUAGGAAAGCAAAAGGGAGGAGAAAGUGACCGUGUAUACAUUUGUAUUUUCUCCAAGAAUUUAAGGAGAUGGCCGAAUGUUCGUACAUGUAAUAACGAGUACCCGGUCAUCAAACAUUUAGUUUGGCAAUGUUUGAACCAUAUGAUAUAUAAGGACGUCGAUGGUUCGAAUCCUCAUUUUUUGUCGGAAAUUAAACAAAACAAAUAUAAUUUGAAUUUCUACA